AUGGCAUCCUCCGCGGGAGGCGCAUCGUCUGCUGUUGAUGUGGUCGGCACUGCAAUUGUCCCAAGGCAUGGCCCGGAGGGCAUCGUCGCCUCUUCAACGAGCCUGUCGCCGCCACAGGAAGACGACGCGACAGAUCCAGCAGCAAAGGUUUUGCAGAAUGAGAUGGACAAAGAAGAUGUUAGCUCGCCUGCGCUUCAGAGGCGGGAGAGGAAUAUUUGGAUUGCCGUUCGCGCAUUUACUCCGGCGUAA